GUCAACUCCCACCGUGACGUAAAUCGUGCCCACUCAAGCCGCACCAAGUCAAAAACGUGCUUUUUAUUGUAGGAUCCGGUGGUAAACAAAUACAGCAGGAGGUGCGAGUGGACCGUUUUACUACUGAAAGUGAUCUGUGCAAAUGUCACAAAGAAUCGUUUUUUUUAGAAUGAAUCUUUACCGUCGAGAAAAUAUAUAUGCAGUCAUGCUGUCAUUUGAUGGUUAGCGGAUGAGUUCCAUUUGGAGAAUUCAAGAGAAGUUCAGCAUCGAGCUUACGUUAACUAGCCUUCCGUUUUUUCCUCAACCGCAUCUUUCAUUAUUUUCCCAAGUGAAAGUUUUUUUUUUUUUUCAAUGCCUUUUUUCCCAGAUUUUUGUCGUUGUCAAAUAUAGGACGACGUUAUCUCGAAGAACAUUAGGAGUCUGCUAUUUUUCAUCCAUGGUGUUUGCAAGUCGCAACGAGAUGGAUGGUAUCGGGAACACCAUGCAGAAGAAGGCUGCUGAGCUUGAGCGCAUGGCCGAGGUUCUCGUCACCGGAGAGCAGUUGAGGCUGCGUCUCCACGAGGGGAAAGUGAUUAAGGACCGCCGGCAUCACCUGAGGACCUAUCCCAACUGCUUCGUGGCCAAGGAGCUGAUCGAUUGGCUGCUGGAACACAAGGAGGCGUCGGACAGAGACACGGCCAUCAAGAUCAUGCAGAAACUUCUGGAUCAAAGUAUUAUCCAUCACGUGUGUGACGAGCACAAGGAGUUUAAAGACAUGAAACUCUUCUACCGCUUCAGGAAAGAUGAUGGUACAUUUCCACUGGACAAUGAAGCAAAGGUCUUCAUGAGAGGACAGCGCAUAUACGAAAAGCUGAUGAUGAACACGGAAACAUCCAUCAUAGCGACACGGCAGGAGGAGGGAGAGACGUUUGAACGGACGCUGGUGGCCUCCGAGUUCGUCGAUUGGCUGCUGGCAGAAGGGGAGAUGGCCACGCGGGAGGAGGCGGAGCAGCUGGGAAGGAGGCUUCUGGAACACGGGAUAAUGCAACACGUGACCAACAAGCACCACUUUGUGGAUGGAGGUCUGCUGUACCAGUUCAGGCUGAACUUCAGGAGGAGGAGACGCCUGAUGGAGCUCCUGAACGAGCGGUGUCGCACCAUCCCAGAGAGCCACGAAAGCCCCUUCUGCCUCCGUAAACAGAACUCAGAGGGAGGCAACACCAGCUUCCUUUCAGUUAGUCCCACUAAGGAGAUCAAGGUGAUGAUGGGAGUGCGUCGAAGCAGUAUGAGUAGUAGCUGUGGCAGCAGUGGUUACUAUAGCAGCAGCCCCCCCCUCAGUGGCAGCCCCCCAGUGCUGUGCAACCCCAAGUCAGUGCUGAAGAGACAAGUGAGCCCCGAGGAACUGCAGACACCAGGAGGCCCCUACAUAAAGAAGACAUUCACAAUCAUGGGCGAUGCGGUGGGCUGGGGGUUUGUGGUGCGUGGCAGUAAGCCCUGUCAUAUCCAGGCUGUCGACCCCAGUGGCCCUGCUGCUGCUGCUGGGAUGAAGGUUUGUCAGUUUGUCGUUUCCGUCAACGGGCUCAACGUUCUUCCUCUGGACUACAGGACCGUGAGCAACCUCAUCCUGACCGGGCCCAGGACCGUCGUCAUGGAAGUCAUGGAGGAGGCAGAUUACUGAGGAGGCAGCCUAUCAGGUGUCAGGGCAGCGGGGCUCAGCACAGCAGACCCUGAAGGCUCCACGGAGAUAAAGCUAUCUUUAGGAAACCGAAAACCUUAGAUGUUUCUCUCUGCCUGUCGCCAGCCCGUCUCUCCUCGUGGAAACUGACGCCCUCUGGUGGGCUCCAAUGGAACUGAGUGGAGAGAGGGACAUUAGCGCCGCUCUGUCAGAUACACACAUCGUGUCACUGUCCUCCCGUCUCACAUCUGUCACUGUCCUCCCGUCUCACACCUGUCACUGUCCCCCCUGUCUCACAUCUGUCACUGUCCUCCUGUCUCACAUCUGUCACUGUCCUCCCGUCUCACAUCUGUCACUGUCCUCCCGUCUCACAUCUGCAGUCUCUUGUUGACGUUAAGGCACCAGAGAGGGAUCAUUGUGUGGCCCCUGUGCUUUGUCUUUGUUCCCCGGGUUCCGGGUCUCUAUAGAUGUUGGUAGUACAGAUGUGAAGCCAGGGAUUCAGUAACCGGAGACACUGCCCCCCCCGUCUCUCCGCCUGUGGGGGGGCGAUCUGUUGAUGAUAGGCCUGAGGGAGAAGGUCACCGCAGUCGUAACCUACCGGAGUGUGAAACAUUAGAGAGGGUCCUGUUUACACUUUGUUCACUGGAUUUCAAUUCAAACCACCAGCUUAGUGGUUACAAAGUGGGGCGAAGGGUUGCCAGUUCGAAUCCCCGAGCAGACCAAGGUUUCAAAUCUGUUGUGUACAACUAUGGUGCGUCUCUACAGUACACCACCCUGUUUAAGAGCGGCUGCUAAAUCACAAAAACUAAAAUGUACCAACGCCAAACUAACCCAGAGCUCUGCCUGACACCAGAAUGUUCAUACUGUAGAAUUGUAUCAAACACUCAUCGCAAGUCUCAUCAAGCAGAAAGGCUGCCCGGACACAGACUCAGCCACAUACUGGAUUAAAAAGCAAUGUCUGUUGGAGAUUCUCCAUCUGAAGUGCGUUACAGUGAACCAAAAGGGAAAUCACACACUGACAACACAACCAGGUGGCCGCUAGCCAGUCAGUGUGGACACUGCGUAUUCUGAAUAUUCCAUAACCCUGUCUGUGGGUCUGAACGUUGUGGUUAUAAGCAUGACAUAAAGGGUGUGACACUGUAUGUUGACAUAAGCCUGUGCCACACAAAACUAACUGCCAACCAGCCAUUGCUUAAAUACAAGACCUGUUUCCCAAACAUUGGUUUGGCCGAGUGUUGGACAAGAUCGAUGUAAAACAAGAUCGAUGUAGAAUCUGUGGUGAGAAUGGGGGUUGUUUUUUUUGUCCACGGCCUGGCUUACUCUGUGUCCGGGAUAUCAUUGCAAAAUGAUGGAAAUAUUUGGGGGGGGUUCUGACAUUUGUAAUGUGUAAUGAUAGUAAUAAGUCACUUGUUAUAACAUGGUUAUGACUGUUUUUUUUACUACUAGCUAGCUAGUCUGGAUCAUGACUAUGAGCCUGGCAUUGAAGUCUGUGUCCUAACACUUACAUGUUGGCACCAUUAGCUGUCUGUUAAUGUUACUGUAUUGCCACCAUAGUCCUGCUCCUUAAAAUGUCAGAACAACAUUGACAUUGUUAAUGUACUGUAUCCUCCUGUGAUCUAAAGUUAUCGAGAAUAAUAAGCCCAUUACAUAUUCCAUCAGAUACUAUACAACAAAAAAGAAUUGAUGGUAGAUAAAUGUACAUCUACAGUAGUGGAUAUAACUAUGAUCGCUGGACAAAAACAGAUCUAUGACAGCAGUUAUUAACGGAAUGAUUUUUACAGCCUCUACAUCAUUUGUUGGUAGGACUUGUGUGUUAUAAUCAGUCCUAUUAUGAUAUAACUUCCUGAUUAGAUGAAGUAGCUUAGAUUUGUUGUAUCAUAUAAGAUCCUUAAAAAAA